AUGGAACACAGCUUUCCAUGUCAUUCUUCGGGUUACCGAGUCGCGGGCGAUUCCGUGAUCAUCUCGGACAGCGAGGAGGAGGUUGAUAAUUCAAAGAAGAAUAACAAACGAAUAAUCGUCGACGAAUCCGUAGAGAUCGAUGAUGAUGCCGAUAAUUCUAUCGAGGAUACGACACCGAGGAAGAAUAAAGACAGUGAAGAUGACAGUACAUCUGUUGUCUGUUCGAUCAGAAACAUAAAUAAACAGACGAGAAGAUGUGUACUGAAUUCUGAUGACAGUGAUUAUGAACAGAUAGAUGAUCAUGACGAUAAUAAAGCAUAUCAUACGAUUAAUGAUUUUAACAAUUCUGAUUCUGAUUCUUCUCUUUCAUGUUCACGGAUUAAAAAUAAGAGUAAAAAAAAAAAAGAUGUUACUCAUGAUGAUACCAGAGAAGAUAUAAACCAGAAAAGAUAUGAGAUAUUUACUGACCCUAAAGUAGCAGACGAAAACAAAGAAAUUGAUAUACCUGUCACUAUUGAGCUUGAUUCAGAUUCUGCUUCUGGACAAAACGACAAUGAAUUUGCAGUAUCUUUUGCAAAAGAAGAAAUUGGUGUUGGAAAUGUGGAUCCAUUAAUAGCGCAGAAAAGAGCACUUACGGUUUGCAAAUUAGAGCAGCUUAAAAACGAGUCAGCCCAGAUGAAGCAACUACUCGCUGAAGGAAAUAUCGACAUAUUUCCUGAUGAAGGACAGAAAUUACAAGAAUGCAUACAUCAGCUAGACGAAGAAAUAAAAAGCUUGACACGUGAAUUGGAAAGUACUCCUUUGAUGCCACUUUUCAAUAGUCGAGACAUCGUAGAAAAAUCACAUUUCAUGAAAGAAUCACAGUUUUCUGAAGAUGAGCUAGACUCAAAGUACACCGAUUAUUCAUGUUUGGAUAUUGACAAUAUACCAAUGAAACCUACCACAUCUCCUGAAUUAAAGGAACUUGGUUUAAAAGCACAAGCAAUAAGAGAUAAGGAGCUCGCUUUAACGGUUGAACGAUUACAAGAUUUGCACGGAUCCCUAGUAGCUCGGCCAUCAGAGAAAGAAAAAGUAGAAGACCCAAAGGGGUUGAAGGUACAGUUAAUGCCGCAUCAACAGCAUGCUCUUGCAUGGCUUCUGUGGAGAGAACAGCAAAGACCAUCCGGUGGCAUUUUAGCUGAUGAUAUGGGCUUGGGCAAAACACUAACUAUGAUAGCUUUGAUUUUGACCACUCUUGCUAAAGAUUCUGAUGAAAGUGGUGAUGAUGAUGAUGAUAAUGAUGCCAUACGGACUAGCAAGAAUAGAUCUUCACAUCAUAAAGGUGGUACUCUAGUAGUAUGUCCUGCGUCUUUAUUGUCACAAUGGGAAAAUGAAGUACGGAAUAGAUGCAAACGUGGUUUAUUAUCUGUUGAAGUACAUCACGGCAGUAAUCGACAGAGCGAUCCUAAAAAAUUGGCGAAAAAUGAUAUAGUCAUCACGACAUAUAAUAUAUUAUCUCGAGAACAUAAAACCAAUUCUACAUUAUAUAAGAUCAAUUGGAAAAGGGUUAUACUCGAUGAAGCGCAUAUAGUAAGAAAUCACAAAAGUCAAGCAUCUGAAGCGGUAUGUGAACUUGUAGCGAGUAGACGAUGGGCUCUCACCGGCACACCUAUACAGAAUAAGGAGUUAGAUUUAUAUUCCAUAGUGAAGUUUCUUAAAUGCUCACCUUUUGAUGAUUUACACGUUUGGAAGCGAUGGGUAGAUAAUAAGAACGCUGCGGGCCAUCAAAGAUUGGCAACGGUAAUGAAGACAAUAAUGUUACGCAGAACUAAACAAGAAUUGAUGUCGAAGGGGGAAUUGGAAAGUUUACCCGAUAAAUCCAUCGAGGAAGUGAUAGUCCAACUCGAUGAACAGGAACAGUUGGUUUAUGAAAAAGUUUUAGCGUAUUCCCGUACUCUGUUUGCACAAUUUUUAGUUCAACGUGCAGAGAAAGAACACAUGUUAGAUUUGUACAGUGGGAAAUACAAUAAACCUUCUUUUCUCUCAAACCCAAACAAGGAAACUCAGUUCACGAAAGCACAACAAAAAUUAUUGGCGUCGCACGCCGACGUCAAAACACAUGAAAUUUUAAUGCUUCUAUUACGACUGCGACAAAUAUGUUGUCAUCCAGCAUUGAUCCACGCAAUGCUGGAUCAUGAAGACUUACAGCAAUGCAAUGUAAUAGAUGUAGAAAACGUGGAUUUCAAUUUAUUAUCUCGCAUGCAUAAUAUGUCGCUUGAAGUCGAUAAUGAAGAGAAGAACGCUGAUGUUGAUGGAAGAAUAAUGGGAAAUUUACUCACCGUUGAAAAUCCGGUGUUUAAACAUGAUCGUAUUAGUUCCAAGAUGAAGAUGCUACUUGACUUGGUUAACAAAAUUUUGCGAAAAAGUGACGAUAAACUUAUUAUCGUUUCGCAAUGGACAAUGUUGUUGGAAAUUAUAGCAUCACAUUUGCCUUCAAUAAAAGAGGCUACUUUUAGCAAGUUUACAGGAAAUGUUCCUAUUAAAAAUCGACAGGGUAUAAUGGAAUCUUUUAAUAGUCGAAAUUCUGGUCCGAGAAUUCUGUUACUGUCACUUACUGCUGGCGGAGUGGGAUUAAACUUGGUAGGCGGCAAUCAUUUGUUGUUAUUCGACGUUCAUUGGAAUCCACAGUUGGAAACACAAGCGCAAGACAGGAUUUAUCGUUUUGGUCAAACAAAGAAUGUUUACAUCUACAAAUUUAUCUGUGUUAAUACAAUAGAAGAGCGUAUUAAAGCGUUGCAAGAACGAAAACUUCAGAUAGCAAAAAAUGUACUGAGUGGUGAUACAAGCAACGCGGUUGGAAAACUUACGCUGAACGAUCUCAAAUCUUUAUUCGGCUUCUAA